AUGUCCGUCAUGCUACAGACACCAUCACGAGCAUCGACAGCGUCCUCUUCCUCAUUCCAGCCGAUAUCCCGCCAGAACACAAUGUCUUCCUACGAUGGCUCGCGGUCCGCCCGCCAGUCAAAACGCUUUUCAAUGUCGGCUUUGUACAUGUCCAUGUCGGCAAAUGAAUCCGAUCUGGUCAUUGAAGACGAUCUUGCCAAAGCCCAAAAAGUCUUGCGCGACCUCAAAGCAAAGAUCUCGUCGCAAUCCAAGAAAAAUUUUGUUUUAGAGAAGGAUGUCCGGUAUCUGGAUUCACGCAUUGCUCUCCUCAUCCAGAACCGCAUGGCUUUGGAAGAACAAAACGAAGUGGCGAGUCACCUUGAAGAAGCGGCCGAGAUGCAGGAAGGUGUCUUCCCCAACGACGAAAAGACGCAAAGAUACGGGAACUUGUUGUUUCUGCUGCAGUCGGAGCCCAGACACAUUGCCCACCUUUGCCGGCUGGUUUCAAUGGCCGAGAUUGACUCGCUGCUGCAGACCGUAAUGUUCACUAUUUAUGGGAAUCAGUACGAGAGCCGGGAAGAGCAUCUGCUUUUGACCAUGUUUCAGUCCGUCCUUACCUAUCAGUUUGAUAAUACGCCCGAGUAUUCAUCACUCUUGCGCGCAAACACGCCGGUUUCGCGGAUGAUGACCACAUACACAAGGAGAGGACCGGGCCAAAGCUUCCUGAAGUCGGUUCUGGCCGAUAGGAUCAACAGCCUGAUCGAACUGAAGGACUUGGAUUUGGAAAUCAAUCCUCUCAAGGUCUACGAGCGUAUGAUUGAACAGAUUGAAGAAGACACGGGAAGUCUACCGGCAUCAUUGCCGAAGGGCAUCACUCAAGAGCAGGCAGCCGAAAAUCCUCAGGUCCAGGCCAUCAUCGAGCCGCGGUUGACCAUGCUUACUGAAAUUGCAAACGGAUUUCUAACGACCAUCAUCGACGGUCUCGAGGAGGCGCCUUAUGGCAUCCGGUGGAUCUGCAAACAGAUUCGGAGUCUGACCAAGAGGAAGUACCCUGACGCUAAUGACCAAGUCAUUUGCACUCUCAUUGGUGGUUUCUUCUUCCUUCGCUUCAUCAACCCGGCCAUUGUGACUCCAAAGUCAUAUAUGCUCAUCGACGGAACGCCGGCCGAGCGUCCCAGGAGGACACUGACCCUGAUUGCGAAGAUGUUGCAGAACCUGGCGAAUAAGCCCUCGUAUGCCAAGGAACCAUACAUGGCGAAGCUGCAGCCGUUCAUCCACCAGAACAAAGACAGGGUCAACAGAUUCAUGUUGGACUUAUGUGAAGUUCAGGACUUUUACGAGAGCCUUGAGAUGGACAAUUACGUGGCGCUCUCCAAGAAGGACCUCGAACUCUCCAUCACACUAAACGAAAUCUACGCCAUGCACGCGCUGAUCGAGAAACAUAAGGCGGUACUUUGUAAGGACGAGAACUCGCAUCUUUCGAUCAUCAUGAACGAGCUGGGGCCCGCGCCACCUCAGGUGCCGCGGAAAGAAAACAAGGUCAUAAAUCUGCCCUUAUUCAGCAAAUGGGAGACUGCCAUGGAUGACUUGACGGCCGCUUUGGAUAUCGCACAGGAGGAGAUAUACUUCAUGGAGGCAAAAUCGAUCUUCGUGCAGAUCUUGCGGACUAUUCCUCAGACAUCCUCGGUGGCGAAGCGGCCGUUGAGGCUCGAGCGCAUCGCCGACGCUGCUGCUACGUCUAAGAACGAUGCGGUCAUGGUGCGCAAGGGCAUUCGGGCGAUGGAGCUGCUCAGCCAGCUGCAGGAACUCAGAGUCGUCGAUAAGAGCGACGGGUUCAGCCUGCUGCGAGACGAGGUGGAGCAAGAGCUUCACCAUCUAGGCUCCCUCAAGGAAGGUGUGCUUCUUGAGACGCAAAAGCUCGAAGAGGUCUACAAGACGAUUCGCGAUCAUAACACCUACCUGGUCGGCCAGCUUGAGACGUACAAGAAUUACCUCCACAACGUGCGCAGCCAGAGCGAGGGCACGAGGCGAAAGCAGCAGAAACAGCAAGUAUUGGGACCAUACAAAUUCACGCACCAGCAGCUCGAGAAGGAGGGUGUCAUUCAGAAGAGCAACGUUCCCGAUAAUAGGAGAGCUAACAUCUACUUCAAUUUCACGAGCCCUCUUCCGGGAACAUUCGUCAUCUCACUGCACUACAAGGGGCGCAAUCGAGGACUACUUGAGCUGGAUCUGAAGCUCGACGACUUGCUCGAAAUGCAAAAGGACAACCAGGAUGACUUGGAUCUGGAAUACGUCCAGUUUAACGUUCCCAAGGUUUUAGCACUGCUCAACAAGCGGUUUGCGAGAAAGAAGGGGUGGUAG